GCACGACGCGCAGGUGCACGGCCUCGAGGCCGAGGUCGCCGCCGCGCGCGAGCUGCUGUCGCAGGCCCGCUCUCGGCGGCACGAGCCCCCCGCGGCGCUGGAGCCGGAGGAGACGGGCUGCGCGUGCCUGCCCGGAGCCGUCAAUUCGGCGAGUCUGCGCGGCGCCGGCGCGGAGCUUGCCCAGAGUCCCGGAGACGCGCUCACGCAGCUGCGGGAGGAUCGCUCGCUGAGAGAGGUUGCCCAGUGCCCUUCGCGCUCCAACGACUCCGCGGGGCUGCUCGCCAAGGAGGUUGCCGAGGAUGCAGACAAGGACCUAAAGAAGCAGAGCUUUUCGCAAUUCGACUCCGUCUCUAGCAACCUCAGCAGGUGGAGGAUCGAGUCUGAUAAGAUCAAGGGGCUGGAUCUGUUUAUGGAUAAGCUCAGCGACACCAAUCACAGACUCGACGAGGGUCGAAGAAGCAGGUUGGCGCACAAGAUAGUGAAGACCAUCUACUUCGACACGUUGUCCUAUGCUCUCAUUAUCGCCAACUCAAUAUUCAUCGGCGCCAGCAUGCAAAACCAGCUGACCCGUGCCAUCGAUGGUCGCGAAGGCGAUAAGGCGUUCGUCGCCGUGGAGACGGCUUUCGUUGUCUGGUUCGCCGUGGAGCUGCUCCUGAAGCUCCUGGCGGAGGACGUCCAGGUGUUUCUGGGCCCCGACCGGCUGUGGAACCUGCUGGACCUGGUGCUGGUGGUCUCCGCGAUUGGGCAGCUGGCAGCGGAGUCAGGAGCUCCGAACAUCAGCGUCACCAGGAAUGUGCGCCUCUUCAGGGUGGUUCGGAUUCUGCGCGUCGUGCGCGUCGUUCGCGUAUGCCAGAGUCUACGGGUCAUGCGCGGUGGCGGAUUUUCCAUCUUGCGUUCGUUGGACGCGUUGUUCUGGGUUCUCGUUGUGCUUGCCUUCUUCAUGUACAUUUUCGCGAUGGCAUUCAUGCACGCCGCAAUCGAGCAUUUUCGAGACAACAAGUCCACGUGGAUUUCGACGUGUCUCGGGAAUCAAGGUGCAUGUUCGGACGACGCUGAGUGCGCUGGAAAGUGCGAACAUCUCACCUGGCUGUCUGAAAACUUGGGCUCCCUCUAUAAGACUAUGUUGGUCCUCUUUCAGAGCAUCACGGGUGGAUGUGAUUGGGCCGAAGUGUACGACGAAUUGCAUUUGAUAGACAGCGUUCAUGGGUACAUCUUCGUCGUAUUCAUCUAUCCGGGGCGUGGUGGACUUUAUGGUGUUCUUGGUCUUGAAUGUGGUGGUUGGCACUGUGGUUGAUGUCACAUCGGGCGUAUCCAGGCGAGACCGCGAGCGCUUGGUCAACGGGGAGAUCAAGCAGCUGGAGGAGUACACCAAGGACAUCAAGGAGUUCUUCGAGAGCGCCGACACGGACAAGUCGGGCCAGCUCUCGUUCGCGGAGUUCAGCAGGUAUUUGCAAGACCCGAAGGUCAAGGCCUACUUCCAGACGCUGGACCUGGACACCAGGCAGGCAGACGUGCUUUUCACCCUGCUCGACCACAACGAGAGCGGCGAGGUGGGCAUCGGCGAGUUCCUGGACGGCUGCCUGCGCCUCAAGGGCGAGGCCCGGAACCUCGACAUCAACCUGAUCAUCUACAAGCUGGAGCACAUCAUGAAGGGGACGAGGCAGCUGCUGCAGCAGAACCGCCUCUCCCUGGGGUCCGCCUUCUGAGGCGGCUGUGGGUCCCGAUGCCCGAGGGAAGGAUCACAGCGAGCAGGACUCACCGGCCCCCCCCCCUAUCGUUGCCUCUCGGCGUCUCUCUCUCUCUCUCUCUCUCUCUCUCCCUCCCUCCCUCCCUCUCUCCCGUCUGGGUCCCUCCCUCCCUCUCCCCCCCAAAGCUGCGCGGCGGCGCGGCGCCGGGCCGGCGCGCAGAAGGGGC